GAAAAUGCCCGUCUUCGACAGUUGAUCUGGUACAUGUCUAGCACACAUCACCACCAUGGCCGUACAAGUCCAGUCGAAGGAUGAGAAGCUCGCCCUUAUUCGGGAGAACCUCCAGGAGAUUCUCAACCCGGAGAUUAUCGAAGAGGUCCUGGAUAAGGGGGAGACGCUCCGGAUUUACUUUGGAACUGCCACGACGGGGAAGCCUCAUUGUGGAUAUUUCGUUCCUGCUAUGAAAAUCGCCCAAUUCCUCCAAGCAGGCUGUCAUGUCAAGAUCCUCCUCGCCGAUAUCCACGGGUUCCUGGAUAAUCUCAAGGCCCCUAUUGAACUGGUCGAGUACCGCGCCAAAUACUACAGAUACUGCAUUACGGCUCUGUUGAAGGCGGUCAAUGUGCCCAUUGACAAGUUGGAGUUUAUUUUGGGGAGCUCCUACCAGCUUUCAUCGAAAUAUGUCAUGGAUGUUUAUCGACUUGCCUCGCUGGUUUCGACACAUGAUGCGAAGAAAUCCGGAGCAGACGUGGUGAAACAGUCUGAUAACCCUCCUCUUAGUGGUUUAAUAUAUCCGCUACUUCAGGCGCUGGAUGAAGAAGCGUUGGAUGUUCAUGCUCAGUUCGGAGGAGUCGACCAGAGAAAGAUUUUUGCGCUGGCCAUCGAUGCUCUUCCUAAGCUAGGCUACAAACCUCGGGCCCAUUUAUGUACUCCCAUGGUUCAAGGUCUCACGGCAGGCAAAAUGUCUGCAAGUGACCCCAACUCCAAAAUUGACCUUCUUGACCCCCCAGACGUUGUCACCCGCAAGAUCAAAAAGGCCGUUGCUGUCCCCAAGGAGGUAGAGAACAAUGGUCUGCUUGCUUUCGUGAGGCAUGUGCUAUUGCCCGCCAGCUCUCUGCUGGAUGGGGAACGUAAGUUUACGAUCGAACGUCAGGGCAGUGACCCUCUCAUUUAUCGCGAUGCGGAUGCAUUGGAAGCAGAUUAUGCUACUGAUGUGGUCACGCCUCAAUUGCUUAAACCCGCCAUCAUUUCCGCAUUGCACAGACUCCUGGCUCCUAUCCAGGAAGAAUUUACGUCCUCGACAGAAUGGCAAGAGAUUGAAAAGAAAGCGUACCCUGUUGAGGAGCCCAAGAAGAAGGUGAAGAAGGUGAAGAACAAGGGCACUAGACACCCUGGCGCAGCCAAGGAAUCCGAGAAGGAAGCCGAAGAAGGCAAAGAGAUCAAGGAUGCAACCCAGGAGGACGUAGGGAAGAGCGCCUCUGAAGCCAUUGAGAAGCUGUCCGUACAAUCCUGAGUUAGCUGAUCCGAAGGCGACUAGAUGGUGCAGCAUAUGCCGAAGACGAUGUCAAUGUCAAUAACCAAAUAAUAACCUAGACCGGCUUACUGUCCGAAUCUAAUUUCUCACUGCUUCUCAUACUGCGUAGAAAUUGCGAAAAAGGGCCCUGAUUCGACGCGAUACAACGCCGCUAUCAAUCACUGCUGCCAAUAACGGAAAUGGUUGAAACAGAGUGCAGGGCAGGCAGUAAUUGAG